CCUAUAAUAUACUUUACAUGAAAAUCGUGUUAUUCUAGCCAGUUGGAUGCAAACAAUACUUAUAGCAGUCGGCCAUAUAUAAAACAUCUUUCCCGCGCUUUACCUGGCAGUCGGCAACGGACAUUUUCCGGCUACAGAUUAAAAAUAUAUAAAGUGGUAUUUUACCAGAUAUAAUGAGAAGAUUCGGGAUUUAUCUCUCCUUGAGCGUACUAAGCGCUUUAUGCGCCGCUCAGCCCGCCACCAACCCUGUGAUACUCCGCGAUGUCCCAGCUGAAGUCUUGUUCCCCUACAAGAACACGCUGGACGCUCAGUCACCAUUCGUCCUCGAAUGCCUGACUGUUAAUAAAAAUAGCCAGAAAGUGAGUUACAAAUGGACGAAAAAUGGACAACCCUUGGAUUUGAAAGCCAAUCCGAACAUCGUCCAACGACAAGGCGAAGGGUCGUUAGUAUUCAUAAAUCCGGGCCAGAAUGACCAGGGCGUGUACCAGUGCUUCGCGGAAACUCCACAAGGAAUCGCCAGCACUCGUCCGAUUAACGUCAAAACAACGUUCUUGGAAGUUCCUAAAGCGGAACCAGUACAUCAUAAGCCUGUUGAAGGUCGCCCAUACAAGUUGGAUUGUCCCAAGCCUAAUGCGUACCCGGAACCGACGAUCACCUGGCGGAGCCAGUUGGCAACAGACCCGAGUAUAUCUGAUGACGUCCGCGACAAGAGGAUCACUGUUGGCCCUGAUGGUGCGCUGUACAUCGCCAACGUUACCGAAAAAGAGGUGAGCGACAGAUUCGUAUACGUGUGCCUCGGCAAGUCGCCGGCCGUACGCGACGAGGUGCCCCUCGCGAAGCACUUCAUCGACUCCCUCACGGAGGACAAACAGAAGAAGGACAACGAGGUCGUGGAACAGUACCUCACCAAAGAACUUACGGCUAAAGUGGGCGAGCAGAUUUAUUUGUACUGCAUUUACGGUGGAAACCCACUCGCCCACCCCGACUGGUUCAGGGACGGGAAGGACAUCAACAACGAACCUAAUUCCCGCAUAACCAGAUACAAUAGGAGCGCCGGCAAGCGACUGCUGAUCCGCGAAGUGUUGCCCGAAGACGCUGGUGAAUACAUGUGCGUGGCGAACAACGAAGUUGGCAAAGUCAAGAAGCAUACCAUGAAGCUCUCUGUUAUUAGCGCUCCAAUCUUCAAGAAGAAACCUGAACAACAAAUGAACGUGCGCGAAGGUCAGGACGUCACCAUCCCCUGUGAGAUCACAGCUAUCCCUCCAGCGACAACAUCUUGGACGUACAACGCUGCUCCUAUUGGCAAAGAUAGAAUGACAGUUACCAACACAGGGCUAACCAUAAAGAAAGUGCAGAAGACUGACACUGGAUACUAUGGGUGCAGUGCCAAAAACGUUCAUGGCCAGAACUAUGCCGAAACAGUUCUAAUUGUUGCCUAAACAGCAAUACAGAUGGCGGGUCGAUCACUUUUUUUUUUAAUAAAUUGACACGUGUCAGAAAUGGUUACACUACAUUUCUAAACGAAGCGCAGAGUCAUAGUGGUCGAUCAGCUUGUUAACUAUUACUAACAAAAUGUAAUUUAAUUACUUAUUUAUGUCGUAUUAAAAUAUUUAAUAACAAAAAA